GGACCUAGAGCGUCCAGGGCGGUGCCCGGCUCCCCCGAUAUAGCAACUGCUGUCAGAAGCGCCAGAUUCCAGCCAGGAGAAUGCCAGGCGGGUCACACGAUCCAACUGGGGAUUAGGUGGCAGGCGGGGGUGGGUGGUGGGCAUAGGGCCCCGCUGCCCCCCCUCCCCACUACAGAUGAGAGCGGAGGAUACCUGCCCACGCCAGGCCCUGUUACCUUCCCCUGAACAACAAGACGACCCUUUACCAGACCAGGCCAAGUCGGAGGGUGCCCAGCCACACUCCAGUGACUCCCUUUGCCCGCAAGAGCAGACUGGGAGCCAGGAGGCCUGAGUCCGGUCUUGGCCAAGAAGCUUGAACAAGUGCAUUUUACUGCCCUGGUGAGGUAGAAAUUCUGCCUCCUGGUCCUCUGCGCCAGGGCUGGUCUCAGACUCAAACCAGGCAAUGAGCAAGAAAUGUGAGGGGCCUGACAGUCACAAGGGACAUUCAUCCUUUCCCACAGCAUCCACUGAGGUCCCAUAAGCCUCCCUGGGUAAUGAAUAACUCAGCCCCACCCUCAAAGAGCCCAGAGUCUGGGGCAGCAAGGGGAUGCCAACAGGCCCUCAGCCAAUUCUAAGAGUGUGCACCAGAACCGUAGAGGAGGGCAAGGUAGAUUCCAACCCCAGAGCCACCACCCCAGAGGCUAGAGGACACAGUGGCAUGCAGCCACUCCCCUCCUGCCUCUUGGCAGCGGCUCAGCUGUCCCCAGCACUGACUCAAGCCCCUAAAAGGAAACCGCUUCCUCCUCUGAGCAAGCCCAAGGGACACCGCCAGGCCCAGGGGGACAGAGUAGGUGCCCACUGCCCCCAAGCAGGGCUCUAUCACACUGCUCCCCUCCAAACUGACAAGCCACUAUCCAUCCUUCAAAACUCCAGUCUCCCAGACCCCAUUCCUCUACCCGCAUUCACACAGCCCCUUGUGAGCCUUCUGUCAGGCUUAUAUAUUAUGUAUUCCAUCGGAUCGUCAUUGACAGGAGAGGAUCUGUCCCCAGUCAUUGACAGAGGGGGUCCAAUUUGCGGGUUUCUUUGGGCACUGGCAGGUGGUAGCUGAAUGAAGAAACGGGAAAAGGACCGGGAAACCUGCUGGCUAUAGCAGCUGUGAGAAAGCUUGGCCUAGGUGGGAUCCAGCCCUAAGCUAACAGGAGAGAGAGCUGAGGCGCGCAGCGGAGCGGCCUGGGUACAGAGCAGGAGAGGGACAGAGUGGCUGGCCCACCAGGGUCCUCAGCACUUCCCCUUGCUUCUUCUUGAGCCUGCCCCAUUUACCCAGAAAGGACUUGCCGACCAGAUGGAGAGAAACAGAGCCGCAGCUGUAAAUCACAGGGCCUUCGGAGCAGUCCCAGUCAGGCAUCCAGGGGCCUGGGCCCCCUGCCUGCUCCAGCCUCCAGGCUCCCGGGAGACCUGCCCCCCACCCGGUCCCUCUCUCUGGCCCCAGAACAGAGCAAGCUGUGUGUGCAGGGCUGGCACUGCUCCCUCCCGCCUCCCAGAGCAAACACAAGCCCGAGUCCCAGGCACAGCCAGGCCCCACAGCCCUGGCUGCAUCUAGCUAUGGGUGUGGGCCCUGCGUGCCAUGAGGGGCACCCCGAGCUUCCUGACUUCAGCAGAGACCCAGACUGGUGCCCAGAACACACUUGGCCACAGGCAAGAGCUCUGAAGGCAGAUAAUGAAUGCUUCCCAGCCCAGGUAGCCAGGACCUACUGGGCCUGCAGAAGUCUGCGAGGGGGCUUGGCACGGUCUCCUCAGAGCUGCUCGGGCCAAGAUGCGGAAACUGAGGCCCGGAGACCUUCAGCAGCUUGCAAAAGAUCCGUAGUCGGGCAAGACCCGGAUUCCAAAGCCGUGCCCUUUCCGUGCACAGCCCUGCCUGCCAAUCUGAGGACUGCGUGGGACACGCGGUGGGGGUGGGGCAAAAAGGCCACGUACUCUUCGUCCCCACUCCCCGCCCCACCACCACCCCCCGAGAAGUGUUCUAGCAGAAGAUUUGACUCAGGCUGCCUUUGGGCGGGGUUGGCUAGCCUGCAGGUCCCGCCAUCAUGCAGCAUCGUCAGGGCCCUCCACCACCAUAAGCUGGGCAAUGCUGUCCGGCCAUCACUACAGCAGGGUCUCCAGCAGGCCUUUCUGCACUCUCUGGCUUCUUACCGGAUAUUCCAAAAGGCUGCCCCCUUUGACAGGAGGGCCACAUCCUUGGCAUGGCACCCAACUCACCCCAGCACCCUGGCUGUGGGUUCCAAAGGGGGAGAUAUCAUGCUCUGGAACUUUGGCAUAAAGGACAAACCCACCUUCAUUAAAGGGAUCGGAGCUGGAGGGAGCAUCACUGGGCUGAAGUUUAACCCUCUUGAUACCAACCAGUUUUUCACCUCCUCAAUGGAGGGAACAACCAGGCUGCAAGACUUUAAAGGCAACACUCUCCGAGUUUUUACCAGCUCAGGCACCUGCAACUUCUGGUUUUGCAGCCUGGAUGUGUCUGCCAGAAGCCGAAUGGUGGUCACAGGAGACAAUGUGGGGCACGUGAUCCUGCUCAACAUGGAUGGCAGGGAGCUUUGGAAUCUGAGAAUGCACAAAAAGAAAGUGACCCACGUGGCCCUGAACCCAUGCUGUGAUUGGUUCCUGGCCACAGCCUCCGUAGACCAAACAGUGAAAAUCUGGGACCUGCGCCAGGUUAGAGGGAAAUCCAGCUUCCUCCACUCGCUGCCGCAUAGCCAUCCUGUCAAUGCAGCUUGUUUCAGUCCUGAUGGAGCCCAGCUCCUGACUACUGACCAGAAGAGUGAGCUCCGGGUUUACUCGGCCUCCCAGUGGGACUGCCCCCCAAGCCUGAUCCCACACCCUCACCGCCACUUCCAGCACCUGACGCCCAUCAAGGCAACCUGGCAUCCUCGGUACAACCUCAUUGUCGUGGGCCGAUACCCAGAUCCUAAUUUCAAAAGCUGUACCCCCCAUGAAUUAAGGACGAUCGAUGUGUUUGAUGGACACUCAGGGAAGAUGAUGUAUCAGCUCUAUGACCCAGAAUCUUCUGGUAUCAUUUCGCUCAAUGAGUUCAAUCCCAUGGGGGACACGCUGGCCUCUGUGAUGGGUUAUCACAUUCUCAUUUGGAGCCAGGAGGAAGCUGGGAUGCGGACAUGAGAGACAUUAAUGAAGGUGCGGGCCAAGCCAGAGCUUGGAGCCGCCUGAGAACAAAUCCUCUGAGAAGAGGCGGCUGUGUGUUAAAGGGCCA